AUGGCAGACGUUUUGUCAAAAGAACAAAAACUUUUAAGCUGCUCUAUCUGUCUGGAUCAACUGAGGGAUCCAGUCACUAUUCCAUGCGGACAUAAUUACUGUAUGGGCUGUAUUGAGGGCUGCUGGGAUGGGUGUGAUCAAAAGGGAGUUUACAGCUGCCCACAAUGCAGGCGAAUUUUCAACCCAAGACCUGUUCUCUACAGAAACACUAUGCUUGCUGAAUUAGUGGAGAAAUUUAAACAGACAAGACUCCAGACUUCAACAUCAGUUCAUGAUUAUGCUGGACCUGGAGAUGUGGCGUGUGAUUGCUGCUCUGAAAGAAAACUCAAAGCUAUCAAGUCCUGUCUCAUGUGUUUGGCCUCUUACUGUGAAACCCACGUCCAGCCUCAUUAUGAAUCUCCUGCUUUCAAGAAACACAAACUCGUCAAGGCUUCAGCCCAGCUACGGGAACAGAUCUGCUCUGAGCAUGACAAACUACUGGAGGUUUAUUGUCGCACUGACCAGCAAUGCAUUUGUAUGCUGUGUACGCUGGAGAAACACAAGAGCCAUGAUACAGAGUCUGCUGCAGCAGAGAGGGCCGAGAAGCAGAAAAGUUUUGGGGACACACAACGCAAACUCAGGCAGAGAAUCCAGGAGGGAGAGAAGAGGCUUCAGGAACUGAGAGAGGCUUUAGUAUCUCACAAGAAGUCUGCACAAGCAGCAGUGGAGGACAGUGAGAGGAUCUUUACUGAGCUGAUCUCCUCUAUUGAGAGGAAACGCUCUGAGGUGACAGAGCUGAUCAGAGCUCAGGAAAAGGCUGCAGUGAAUCAGACUGAAAGAUACCUAAAGCAACUGGAGCAGGAGAUUGCUGAUCUGAGGAAGAAAAACACAGAUUUAGAGCAGUUUUCACACACAGAGGAUCACAUCCAGCUGGUACAGGCUUUCCAGUCUGCCUGUGGUUCUACUGAAUGUCAGGAUUUGUCCAGGAUCACCAUUAAUCCACGCUUCACUUAUGAGAAAGUCAUCGAUCACAUCACUAAACUGAAAGAACACCUGGAUAAUCUCUGCCACCAGGACAUCAUUACGAUAAAAGGAGAAGUACGAGCUGUUGAUGUCAUUCAACCUAAAGACUUCUUAAAAUAUUCCUGCCGACUCACACUUGAUCCCAACACGGCACACAGAAAACUACAGCUGUCUGAGGGGAACACUAAGGCUACAGCGACUAGGCAGUUCCAGUCAUAUCCUGAUCACCCAGAGAGAUUUGAAACAUGGGCACAGGUGCUGUGCAGAGAGAGUGUGUCUAAACGGUGUUACUGGGAAGUUGAGUGGACUGGGCCUAGCGUUUACAUAGCAAUUUCAUAUAAAGACAUCAAGAGAAAAGGCACAGGUAAAGAGAGUAAAUUUGGAUGUAAUGACCAGUCCUGGAGACUGGAUUACCGUAAUGACUCGUACUCAUUCUGGCACAAUAAUACAUCUAUUGAAAUCCCUGCAGUCUGCAGCACCUCCAGAAUAGGAGUCUAUGUGGAUUAUAGUGCAGGAACUCUGUCCUUCUACAGUGUCUCUGACAGAGUGACCCUCCUACACAGAGUCCAGACCACAUUCACUAAACCCCUUUAUCCUGGGUUUUGGUUUUAUGAUUAUGGCUCAUCAGUGAAGAUUUGUGACUUACAGUGA